AUGUCUCGUCGCACGACAAUUCCAGAGCAACCGCGUCGUCCCGUCUCUCUCGGGAGCUGCAUAAUUUAUGGCUGUGGAGCAGGACUGCUCGGCGUCGCUGCAAUGACGGUCUGCGAGAAGAUCGAGCAGUACUUCACCGGCAGACCCAGUUCAUACGUCCCAGGCCACACACUGGAGCGACUGCUCGGGUUCCCCGAGCGACCGGAUUCCGAGCGCUUUGGACUGAAUAUGGCGAUGCACUAUGGCCAGGGAGCAGCCGCCGCGAUUAUCAGGGCGGUCAUGAGCGCGAAUGGCAUUCGCGGCCCGUUUUCGGAUUUCAUGUUUAUAUGCGUGCGGUUGAUGAUUGACCAGACGCUGGAGAAUGUUACUGGAGUUGGGGCGCCGCCGUGGACGUGGCCAGUUAAUGAGCAGAUCAUUGAUAUUCUACACAAGGCGGUUUUCGCGUUUGUGACGGGGUACUUUACGGAUAGGUGGCUUCGUUGA